AUGUCAAUGGAAGCACAGAAACAAAUGGAAGUCCAGAAACAAAUGGAAGCACAGAAGCGACGUUCACUUCAGAGAAAUGCACCCGAACAUUAUCAGGUCACUGACAGAAAAUUUUUCAUUGACAGUUCCAACCAGAGUUUGACCAACAUCCCGUCAGAGAUUUUUUCAUUAAAAGAAAUAGAAGAAGUGCAUCUGGAGAACAACCAGAUUGUAGAAAUCCCCCAGGAUAUUCAGUAUUUAAAGAAUAUCAAGGUCCUUUACCUGCACAACAACAACCUAAAGAGUUUGUGCCCGGAGCUGAGGGAGCUGAGCAAGCUGGAGUUUCUGGACCUGAGUGACAACCCGCUGCUCAGCUGCUCCCUGCGGGUCAUCAGCUGCCUCCGCACUCUCCGGGAGCUGCGGCUCUACCGCACUGGCCUGAAAGAGGUUCCCACGGUGAUCUGCAAGGCCCUGCACCACCUGGAGCUUUUCGGACUGUCCGGGAACUACCUGGAGGCGCUGCCCAAGGAGAUCGUGAACCAGGCGAAGCUCAGGGAGAUCUACCUGAAACAGAACCAGUUCGUGUGUUUCCCUCAAGACCUCUGCGUCCUCUCCAACCUGGAGGUCAUCGACCUGGACAAUAACAAGCUGAAGGCCAUCCCGGAAGAAAUCAGUCAGCUGGAGAAGCUGCAGAAGUUCUACUUGGCGUCCAAUAACCUGCCCCUUCUACCCGACACUCUGAGCCAGUGCAGCAAGCUGACGGUGCUAGAUCUGACCCAAAACUCUCUGCACUCCCUCCCGUCCACCCUGGAGAAGCUGAGUUUGCUCACCGAGGUCGGUCUGAGCGGGAACCGGCUGGAGAAGAUGCCGAGCCUCCUGUGCCGGUGGACAUCGCUAAUCCUGUUAUACAUGUCCAAUAUCGGCCUGCGUAGGCUGCAACGCAACUUCAAGCGCCUGGUCAACCUGCGCUUUCUGGAUCUCAGUCAGAACUGCAUGGAACACUUUCCCCUGCAGGUCUGCGCUCUCAAGAACCUGGAGAUCCUGGCGUUGGAUGACAACAAACUGGAACAGUUACCAUCGUCUCUGGGCUCACUUUCAAAACUGAAGACACUUGGGCUCACAGGAAAUUACUUCCAGACCUUCCCAGAGGAAAUCUUUUCCCUACCAUCUCUGGAGAAAUUACACUUUGGACAAGACCAGGGAUGCAAACUUUCCAUACUGCCAGAAAACAUCAACAUACUGCAGAAUCUUAAAGAACUAUACAUAGAAAACAACGAUCUGGAACAGCUGCCAGAAUCCUUGGGGUCAAUGCCAAACCUGGAAGUUCUUGAUUGCCGCCAUAAUCGUCUUAAGGAGCUCCCAAAUGCCAUUUGCCAUGCUCGAGGUCUGAGGGAGCUGUUGCUGGAGGACAACUUGCUUAUCCGCCUGCCAUCCGACCUUGACCACCUGAUAAAUCUUAAGGUCCUAACACUGACAAAAAAUCCCAUGCAAGACCCUCCAAUGGAAGUGUGUGACCAAGGCAAUGAAGCCAUAUGGAAGUACCUGAAGGAAAACAGAAUUAAAAAACAAAUGGCCACAAAGAUUCAGGCGUGGUGGCGUGGAAUCAUGGUGCGGAAAGGAUUUGGGUCCUUUGAAGAGCUACUAAAAGCCCGAAAAAAGGGAAAAGGUUCCCCAAAAGAUAAGAAAGGAAAGAAGGCUGAAAAAGGAAAACCUGCAAAGGAGAAUAAAAAAUAA